AUGUCGCUCCAAAAUCCAAAAUCAUGGAAAAGUGUUUUACAAGAAUAUUGUCAAAAAAACAAGCUUCAAGCGCCUAAUUAUCGAACUCAACAACAAGAAAGUGCUUCGCAUGAGAUAAGAUUUCAAUCAGAAGUCGAAGUCAAUGAAAGUUGGAUCAUGGGAGAAGGAAACUUUACAUCGAAAAAAGAUGCUGAAAAUUCAGCAGCUCAAAUAGCAUAUAAUGAGCUUUGUAAAAAUAAGACGGAAAUUGGUGUGGCUGAGGUAGAUCAUAGUCCAACUAAACAUAUGCCUAAAGAAUAUGAAAAUAUUGAAAACUUCUUAGCAAAUAUGGUGGGAUCAUUUGGCGGUACAAUUCGAAAAGUUCGAUCCCCAGAUGCACAUGGAAGAUACAGACUGGAAAUCGGAGGUAAUUAUCGAUACUGUGAUAAUAUUCGUGAUCAUCAUAAGAAAAAUCAAGUUUAUUUUCUUGUGGAUCCCGUUAAUCUGGUAUAUUAUCAAAAAUGUUAUGAUCCUGACUGCCAAGGUUUUCAAUCAGCAAAACAACGGAUUUAUAUGAAGGAAAUCACGAACAACCAAGAACUAAUUAAUUCUAACAGUAAACUUUCGAAUUUACCAGAUACAAAUUGA